AUGCUUGCUCAAAAAGUUGAAGAGGCUCUGAAUGAUAUAAACAAACUCCAUAUAACUGUUUUGGAACAUGCGGCAGAAAUUUCUCCACUUAUCAAAGGAAGAUCCCUGGGACCGGAUGUCGAUAAUAAAGAAAACAGUACACAGAAGCGUAGUGACAAAAAGGAAAAUGUCUGGAUAUCAACGAAUAAAAGUAAAACACCCACCAAACAAUCGCCCGCUUCCAAAACUACACAGAACCAUACUACUGAUACAUUGGAUUUCAAUAGUCUUCAGAAUCUUGAUGUCAACACUGUAAAUUCCAGUAUUUUAUUACGUGAAGCCGAAGAGGCAAGAAAACGAACCAUACGACAGCAGGUUCUGGAUAUGCACGAAAAACAUUUAACCAUAAUGCAAGAAUGCCUCAAGCCCAUCGAAGAACAGUGCAAAGAAGAGAAACGUAAAUGGUUGGAGAAGAAACGUCAAAGUGAUAGUCAAAUCAUUGCUCGAGCGGAACAACAAUCCGAAUUGGAUCUCAAGGAACAUCAACGACAAUUGGAGACGCUACGUCUUCAAACUCAACGACAAUUACAAGUCAUAUCGUUUCAGGGUAUUGCCCAGUACCAAUCAAAAUUUCGUAGUAAAUAUGAAGCUAUUGUUAAUUUACUAAUGUCCAUUGACAAGUCGGUGCUGAUGUCCUGCAACGAAUAUAACAACAAAUUGAAGGAACUUAUACAAAUGUUUGAACAAUUGAUAAAUAAAAUUAAAAGCGGGACAUGUGGCGGAGAGGAAUUGAAAACUGCGGACAAUCUCUGUAAAUCAUUAGCCGCAUUAGAGGUGGGUAUUUUGGAAGCACUGAAACAAGAGAAGGAAAAACAGGAAAAUAUUGCAAAGGAGGAACAGCAAAAGGCGCAGAGGGCUAAUGAACAACAGCUGCAGCAGCAACAACAAGCGGCUGCACAACAACAUCAGCAACAACAACAACAACCGCCCUUGCCACAAGAACCACCUGCACAACAAGCGCCAGCACCACCUGCCCAACAACAGAAUGUAACCCCCCAAACUGAGGCAACACCACAACAACAGCAGCAACAAAAUGUACCCGAAACUAAAUCUUCCGACGAAACAGAUAAAACCACAAAUAUUAGCUCUCAGCAUGUUAGCCAAGAACGUCUUGAAUUCUAUACAAAAAUCAAUACUUUCUAUUUGGAAAAAGUGGAACGUGUAAAAGCUCUACAGUCCGAUGAAUCGAUGAAAAAAUAUCGUUUCGAUUGUCAAAAAUCCAUAAACAUACCCGUCAAUGCCAUAUCCGCUGUUAGUCCUCAACAUAUACAGGAUAAAUUUGAUAAAUUAUAUUCAUUUGUUUCUGCACAACCGCCUCUGGGGCGAGACUACUGUAUACUGCUGAUGGCCAAAAAGUUUGUCGGACAGGGAGAAACUACAAUUUCCAGCAACCCCCAGGCAGCCUUUCCCGUUGCUUCCGUCAUUGUUUCCCUAUGGAAAUGUAUGCCUGAAUUUGGUCAACUUUUCUUGGCCUACUGUUUUAAAGAAUGUCCCUUCCUUGUACCAUAUUUUAUACCACAAAAAAAGGACCAAUCUCCCGAGGAAUAUUCAAAAGUUCUGGGAUUUCGAACGGUCGAUGGACAGCCCGAGAAACAGGAAAUGUAUUUGAAACGUCAGGCGGGCAUAGCACGUUUAUAUGCAGCGGUCAUGGUAACAAAUGGACGCAAACAAGAUAGUUCGCCACAUCCGUAUGGUAUAGAAAAUGCUUGGCGUUGGUUAACAAAUAUGAUGGAUAUUGCACCGUUGCCAUUCCUCUCGGCCACACUGAUAAUGGAAAUUUUACAGAUAGUUGGUAGCGAUAUGUGGUCCAACUACGGCCGACAAUUUGUCAAACUUCUGAUGUACAUACAACAACAUUAUUUUGCCAAACUGUCCGAUGGAGAUACGGGUGGUCCCAAGGCAAGAUUGGAAUUAUUGUUAAAUAAUUUCUUGAGAGAUGGUCAAAUACAAAAGCCAGCUGGAAUGUUACCAUUAGGAUUUUGGUGA